GCCAGCUGCUGUCCUUCCUUCUCCACUAUCAACGGCUAUCACCUCCAUCGACAACACCAUGAGCAAACGCCAGAACCAGCCCGGCGGCGGCAGCGGCGGCGGCGGCGAUGAUGACGAUACGACGAAGGCGUCGACAGAGUUGAGCGUGCACACGACGACGGCCGAGCGCGGGUACGAGAAGGAGCAGCUUCAGGAUCUCAACGAGCGAUUCGCGCGCUACCUGGAGGAGGUAUACUUCCUCACCUUCUUCAACAAGAAGCUGACGUCCGAUGUCGGUUUCUACAAGACGAAGGUCGAGCGGCUGGAGGCGGUGCUGCGGGCCGUGUACGAGGAGGAGCUGCGGCAGGCGAAGGAGGUAGUGGAGGAGUGCAGAGAGGAGGCAGGGAGACUCGGUGCGAAGUCGGAGAGAUUGGAGAACGAUGCCGCCGACCUGCGAGAACGCCACGCGAUCCUCGUGGAAGGUCCACGCCCGCCGUACGAUGACGCUUCAUCCGUCCUGGGCUAUCGCUCGAGAAACGCCUAG